AUGGCUCCCAAGCACCGGUCUAAACGGCCGGGUCUACUGUCCACUGGUCGACCGCCGACGGUCAAAUCCAAGCAGGCGGCUCUGUCCUCCAAGGCGACUCGCACUCUCAUUCGCUCACAUCAUCAGUUGCUCAAGGCACGAGCACAGGCUUUAAAGGCCGGAGACGACGCCCGAGUCAGCAGUAUCGAUGCCCAGAUCCAUGCAAACGGCGGACUGGAAAGCUAUCAGAUUGCCAGCAAACUCGGUCAAUCCUCGGAUCGUGGUGGUGACUCCAGUAAGACCUUGGUUGACUGGAUCAAGCCGCAGCUGGAUCAAUGGGAACCCUCUUUUGCCAAACUGCGUGUCCUUGAAGUUGGCGCGUUGAGUACGAAGAAUGCCUGCUCGAGGACCCCGGCCUUGGAUGUGACGCGGAUCGAUCUUAAUUCGCAAGAGCCCGGCAUUCUCAAGCAGGACUUCAUGGAACGGCCUCUACCAUCUACGGAUGAAGAGCGCUUUAAUGUGAUCAGUCUGUCUUUGGUUCUCAACUAUGUACCAGACGCCACUGGCCGCGGCGAAAUGUUCAAGCGCUGCGUCAAAUUCUUGACACCUCUAUGUUCCAUAUCUUUCAAGCCCACCCUCUUCUUUGUCCUACCGGUGGCUUGCAUCGACAACUCGCGCUAUCUCACGGAAGAGAGGCUACUUGACAUUUUCGCGAGCCUCGGAUUUCACUUAGUGGAAAGCAAACGGACCAACAAGCUGAUUUAUCAAUUAUGGCAUUAUACUGGGAACCCCUCGCCCCGGACGUUCAAAAAGGAGAUGCUCAACCCUGGCCACACGAGGAAUAAUUUUGCGGUCAUCCUCAACAAGGGCUGA